UUCUUCUAAGCGAAAAAUGGGCUCAAAUACAGAACUGGCCAACAGCAUCCUCAAUAAAUUAAAAGAAAGCAAUGGUUCCAUGGAAACUCUUGAAUUGGCUCGAUCGCUGGGAAGGCGUUCUCGCAAGGACGUUAACCCGACGCUGUACCGGAUGCAAAAGAACGGCCUUAUCUUGAAGGUGUCCGCGUCACCUCCAAAAUGGGGCUUAAAACACGAGGUGACUGUUGGCCCUCUGCAUGGUGCGACCGCAGAGGAUGGGGACAAUCGGCAGGAGGCGGAAGAAACGGGGGAGGAAGCCCUUUCUGGUGGCAGCGGUGGGAUCGACAGAGAGGAUGUCGGGGAAACGGAAGUCAUGGAGGAAGGGAGCGGAGGUGACGUUCCUGCCGCAGAGCCUUUGGGUCGUCCUGUUAAUCAUUCCACACCCAUAGACGCAGGUCGGCUUUUCCCUCCGAAUCACUCCGGGUACAACGGGACACAUCCUCUGCCCGGCGUUGACCCCAUGGCUUCGCCAACCAACAAUUCCAGCUCGAGCGAUGAUUCAGAAACAGCCGAGCAACCUGUCAUGUUUGCAAAACCACCACCUCCACCACACGAACUGCAACAAAGCUUCUCAAAGCCAUACACGCCAAAUGGCAUGGACCACAGGUUACUGGUGGCAUUGAACGAAAAAGUAGAAUCUAUCCAUUCCAAUGAUCUUGCCAAACAGCUUGGUUACCGCACCAAGAAGGAGAUCAACCCAACUUUGUUUAGUAUGCAAAAGAAAGGACUUGUAAGAAAAGUGUGUGAGUCUCCCCCUAUGUGGGUCAUCACCCAGUACGGGAGACAGAUUCUCGAGACUGAUCAGCAGCAGCAGCAAAGUGCAGAACAGGCACAACCAAAACCGAGUCAGUUUCCAGGGAUGGUGAGUCCUCCCGUGCCAGGCAUUGCUCCUCAGAUGGUAAACAUGGGACCACAGAUGGAGCAGUUCCAGGGAACUCCUGGACAUCCAUUCCCGCACAUCCCUCAGAGUCCUCAACCACUCCUUAAUACCAACGACGACAGACAGUCCAUCCAUAAUGAAAGAGUCAAUCUCCAAGCAGCAAUCAAUGCCGGGAUACCGCCAGAAUUUGCCACGUUAAUGUUUGCCUCUCCGGACAUGGAGAUGAAGGUUUUGUGUGCAUUGAGCAAUCAACAGACUCAAGGAACUCUUGAGAUAGUCCAUAAUGUAGGUCUCAACAGAGGCAAGGCCAAAGAUGUGAAUCCUUCGCUCUAUGGGCUUGCCAAACGGGGAUACAUCACUAAAGUCACGGACAGUCCUCCAACCUGGCACAUCAACGAGAAAGGCGUCGACCUCAUCACCAAGGAGAAAAAGCCAUUAGAAAUGAACGGCGCCACCAAACCGAUGGAGAUUCCAAACCAUGUCAACCUGGUGACAGGGGCACCCGGAGUUCUCAUGUCACAGCCAAUGGGGGCGCCGAACCAUCAGAGUGGCAUGCUUCCUCCUGAUCCUCGGUCUCUUCUGCAGAGUUGGGAUCAAGGAAGACAAGGUCCUGGCUUUAUCCCAGUAUCUUUUACACCAACCAUUCCUACUCAGGUUGCCCCCAUCCGAGCUACCACCAUGCCUUACAUGCCCCCGAAUUCCUUUGCAAACCAAGUCAACAGCACCCCUAUCCCAGCAUCGCCAGCUCCCCAGCCACAGUCUUCCCACAAUGCACCAGCCAUCGGGUCGUCGACAGGUCAGGCAAUCAACAACGAGAUGUUUGCUGCUAUCAAUAAGAACCCUGUGAGUGCGUUGACGGAGUAUGCCCAGGCCAGGCAUCUACCGGUUUCAAUAGAUCUUCUUCAGCAGUCUGGACCACCGCAUAAUCCAAGGUUUGUCUUUGCUGCCUGCGUUGGAGGAAGAAGGUUCCAGCACGUCACGAGUCGGAGCAAGAAGGAUGGAAGGAGAGAAGCGGCUGAUAUGGCCCUCCGUACUUUGGUAGCAGAGGGUUCCCUGCAACCCAAGCUAACACCAAUGCCAGUUGUCUCGACUUCAUCCAAUGGGGAAACAACAUUCUUUGACCGUAUUGCUGCCUUAAGUCAUCAAACGUUCAACUCGCUGGCUGCAAGCAUCCCUGACUCAAUCAGCGGAAGGAAAGUCCUCGCCGCUCUAAUCAUGAAACGAGGCGAGGAGGACGAAGGAACGGUUAUAAGUUUAGGAACAGGCAAUCGGUGUGUGACAGGAGACAAGCUUAGCAUGGAAGGACGAACGGUCAAUGACUCCCAUGCUGAGAUUAUCACCAGAAGGGCUUUCUUGAGGUAUCUGUACAAUCAGCUCCAAACCUACGCCAAGACACCCAACGAAACCAUCCUUACUCAGGGAAGCAACGGGAAGCUCCGCCUCCUUUCAGAAGUGACCCUUCACCUCUACAUUAGCACCGCCCCCUGCGGAGACGGGGCGCAGUUCUCUCGGACCGACGCCGGGGAGAACGAAGAGGGUCCAGAAGGGAUUGAUUUCUGCGGCUUUGCCAAACAUCUACCAACGUUUGGUAAAACCAGUCAGGGAUUGCUCAGAACGAAGAUGGAACAAGGAGAAGGCACUAUUCCCGUAAACACCCGUGAAUCUGUACAGACGUGGGAUGGCAUCAUGAGAGGGGAGAGGCUGCGGACAAUGUCAUGCAGUGAUAAAGUAGCCAGUUGGAACAUGCUCGGUCUACAGGGGGCGCUGUUGUCUCAUUUCAUUGAGCCUAUCUACUUGAGUUCAAUAUCAUUAGGUUCAUUAUACCAUCAUGGCCACCUCGCGAGGGCGGUCUGCUGCCGGGUCUCGUCCGCCCACGACAGCUUCACCCCGACGGAGCUGGAUAACUUAUCUCUCCCUGCCGAGUACCAUGUUAAUCAUCCCCAGCUUGGGUGUGUAAGAGCCAUAGAUCCACCAAGGGGUACAGAGAAGACCAAGUCGUUGAGUAUAAACUGGUAUAAGGGGUGCGAGAAACCGGAGGUGACAGAUGGGACCAAAGGAAGAAUCCAGGGCGUUCUUCACUCGCAGCUAUGCAAGGCUGAGAUGUUUAGUGAGUACCAGCAGACGUGCCGACUCUUUGACCGAUGUGACCUCCUGGAUGCCAGGACCUACCACGAUGCUAAGCUCAGCGCCGAGAGCUAUCAUUCCGCCAAGAAGUAUCUGAAAUGCAUCCUGAACCAGGCUAACUACGGCUCCUGGAUGGAAAAACCCAUCGAAGAGGAGCUCUUUGCCAACUGAAUGAUCUUUCAACUUUGACCCCAAACUAUGGAUAAACUGAUCAAAGGAGAGCUCUUUGCCAACUGAAUGAUCUUUCAACUUUCACCCCAAACUAUAUAGAAACUGAUCAAACAAGAGCUCUUUAAUUGCCUAGUGAACUUUCAAAUUUGUCCUUAAACAAUGGAGAAACUGAUCGAAGGAGAGCUCUUUUCCAACUGAACCCAGCCAAUCGGAGAGGAGCUGUUCAUUGCCAAGGGAAUUUUAAACUUUGUCCCCAAAACGAUGGAGAAAAUAAUCGAAGAAGAGCUCUUUAAUAAUUGCCUACUGGCUUUCAUAUAUGACCCCAUUGAAUUGGAGAGGAGCUGUUUGCCGACAGAACCUUCAACUCUUUAACCCCAAUCAACGGAGAAACUGAUCGAAGAAGAGCUGUUUGCCAACUGAACUUAACACUUUGACCCCAGCCAAUUGGAGAGGAGCUGUUUGCCUACUGAAUUUUCAACUUUGACCCAAGACGAUGCAGAAACCGAUCGAACAGAAGCUUUUUCCAGAUGACCUUUCAACUCUGACCUCAACUGCAGUGAGCAGAGUCGUGCAAAAUAUGCCAUUUUUGUAGCAGUUUUCAUGUACAUGUACAAAUCCAUAUGGACAAAAUUUGCCAUUUUGUAUCCGUUUUCAUGUGCGAAUCCACAUGGAGAAAUCUUAAUGGACAAGAUUUUUUUUUUCCAGUUGUUCCUCAAGAGAGCUGCAAAAUGGCUACAAAACUGGUCGGAGUAACCCAACAGAAGGAGAGCCAUUUGCCAAUCGCAACUUUCAACUUUGAUUUACUGUGCAUCAACUCAUAUUGGGUCAAGUAUUUUCCAAUCGAUGUCUCAACUCUGGCCUGAUUUCAUGUACUGUUGAUAUUUUAUUUGUUUAUUUGAUUGUGUUUGUUUCACUUAUUUUAUUUCAAAAUGAAAAUCCUGUCCCCUCUUUUGCUGGAUGAAUUCAGGACAUUGUUUUUAUGAAGAUAAGUUACUACCAUCCAGCUAAUUUUUACUUGUUAACAUCAUGACCUAAGAUACUGCGUUUCUUAACUCUUUUUUGUUCAGUAAUGAACAAUGAAAAUACCCUGGUUAGACCGAAUUAGGAUAUUUUACUGUGAUAUUCGCUUUUUAUUUUUGAAGGAACAUGGCAUUGCCAAAUAUAUAAGGCCUUGGCGUGUGUUUGCUUGCUCUUAAAGAUCGCUUCAUACUGAAAUCACUU